AUGGGUCUCUCGUCGAUGCUUGAGAAGGUGCAGCUGGGUCGCAAGUCACCUGGUUCUGACGUCGUGAGUCUCACCCUGCACCGAGCCCUGCUCCGCUCGUGCUCACAGCCUUCGUCCCCACGCGUCCACAGUCUGAGCAGCACCAGGCCACGCUCGCCACCGAUCAAGGCGUACAGCAAUAUGGUCAGGACUCUGAUGAUGACGAGGAUGAAAAGGAUGGUGGAGACGAUGCGGAUGCGUAUCGCAUUGUCAUCCUCAAGAUCCAGAACGAGACGGGCUUUCCCAUCCAGGUUCGUCUGACGUCGUUGUUGAUUACCCCACACGCCGCGCGGGCCCAAUCCUCGAGUCUGGCUUGAGCUGAUACGCGACGGAUACGAUGGUUAUGAUGCAGAUGAUCGGAUGGCCCAGCCAAGGCUCCAAAGAUGACGACUUUGCUCUCUCGACCUACCGCGGUGCCAAGACCCACACCUCCGUCCCCGUCUCGGGCACAAUUUUCACGGACCCCGACUUCCAACUCGGACAAACCCGAGGGCCUCGGCGUUUUGAUUUACGCGACCGAUGGGUCUGGGUCUACUUUGAUCUCGUCACAACUGAACGCAAGGUGCAUCUCCAGGCCUUCGUCAAGCUCGACUGGAACGGCGUCGUCGCGGCUCGUCUCGGGCGGACCGAUCUCGACUCGACCAAGGACAAUCCUACUUCGUCCGGUGAUGCCGGUUCGGUCGUUGUCGAUCCAGGCAAGAGGCUCGUCACUUACGUUAUUGACAAGAGCGUAGUCGACAUGGAGAACAUCGUCGACGACUCGACAAAGCGUGGCAUCGACGUCCGUGAGUCUUUACGCUCGGGCAUCAUCGCCAGUAGUGGGAACUGUCAUCUGAUGCAGAGCUCCGGGCGGAACUUGCAGGUGGGAAGGGAAUCGAAACGAACACGUGGAUGUCGUACCACCAUGGUCGAAUCUCGGUUAUCGUCGGCAACACUGCGCGCUACCACGAAAUGGAGCAACCGAGUCCGGGCCAUCGUAUCGGACAAUUGAGAUCCAGCAAGCAUCGCAUCACCGGCAUCGCGUCGCGCUAUGUCGGCGUCUUUGUCGAGCACAACAUCGAGCCUUGGUUCCAGGGUCAUAUCCGGGUACACCCCGUCACUGGUAUCGCAACGGGCGUUAGUUUCAAUAGGACCAGCGAAACGACGGCGAUCUUCCGAGAGGAAGACGAUGCCAUGAUUUGCUAUGGAUUUCACGACGCAGGUAUGUUGGCUAGGCCGGAAUCUUCAGUCUUUUGUAGAGUGCAGGUCUGACGCCGAUUUUUCAUAUCUUGCAGGCGAAGGUCGCAGGAGUCAGAUCUAUGUGUACGUGACGCCAGGCAAAUCAAAUUGGCUCGGAGACCUCAUCUCCGCGAACGACAAGUGGCUCGACGUCCCCUUCUCGCGCCUCGCUCUAGCCGCUGCCCAUGAUGCGGGCAUGUUCGGUCACCCCAUCAAUGCUGGCCUAUUAUCCCUGAUCCAAGAAGGGGAGCUCGGCCACGCCUUGGCAGGCAACAUCGAGACCAAGUUGGCCAGUCCCGUUGUGCGCACGCUCGUCGACAUCCUCGAAUCGAUCCGCCUGUCUCCUAAUCGGGCCCUCGCCAACAUCGCCAUGACGCAAAAGGACAGCUUCGUGAACCAGCUCCGUAUCGGUGUCCGCUUCUUCGAUUUCCGCCCCGGGUUUUGUUUCCACGAUGUCAUACAUACCAAGAAGGGAGAGCUCUACCACCAACAUGCGAUCGUCCCGGGAGAAUCGUACAAGCAAUUCUUACUCGACAUACUCAACUUCCUUGCCACGCACCCGAAGGAGAUCGUCGUCGUUGAACUCAAGGACGAUGGAUUUCUGAUCAAGAAGGACAAGUACCGCAAGGAAGAAUUGGUAGUCUAUUCGAUGGUCCCUAGCGAGGAGGAGUUGGCGGCCGUGCUUGAGCAAGCGAGAGCGGAGGCCAAGUCCGAUCUUGGGAGGGAAAUCGUGUUGGGCGGACCGAACGAUCUUGAUGCGACGAUUGGGAGCUUGCUCGAGCAGAAGAAGAGGUUGAUCAUGAUUGAUCGGGUUCAUCACGCCGAGUCGUGGGAGAGGGAUGAUUCGUAUGGUCAGUCUCCUUAGGACUUUCUCACGUUCUGACUUCACCCUUGCCUGAUGCGACUGUAAGCUCUUCACAGACCCCGUCGCGUACAAUACCGACGACCCUUCGACGAUCAUCGCGGCACUUGAGAAGAUGCACGCUCGAUCAUCCCAACCGACGCCCAAAGUCGAUGGAAAGCCCUCACCCGGCGCGAUUUAUCAACUUCAAGCGACCCCGACGGCCAAUCUGAUGAGUGACGUCUUUGCUUCAUUGACGUAAGCACCCGUCUUCGGAUUCAGACCCGUGGGCCGAAUGCUCAAGCUUCAUUGUGACGCUUUUCUCCCGGGCAGUUACUCCGACUCGUCGUCCCUCUUGACCUACGUCAAAGUUAGUUCUCGCCACACCCAAAUCCCCCAAAAAAACCUCCACUGACCCUCUUCACCCCCUCCAUAGCCUAUCAUGGACCGUGUCACCUACCCCUGGCUCCAAUCGCACAAGUUCGAACAAUCGGGCCUCGUCGUCCUGCUCAACGAUUUCGUCGAGGGCGUGUUGGUCGAACAUGCGGUGGAGAUCUCGAAGCAGAGAGCGGGAUUGUUGUAA